AUGUCGGCCGUCGACCCAACCACCGGCCAGCCGCUGCCGGCCAACGCCAUCCAGCGCGUCCUCUUCAUCGGCCCCAAAGUCCACGUCUACCAGAUCCCGCCGCUGACGUCGACCAAGGGCUACACGGCCGCCACCUGGACCGAGGACCCCAAGCGGCACAUCUUUACCGCCCGGCUGCGGGUGCUGGAGACGGGGAUCGACCGAGAGGACGACGACGAGGAGGCCGCGUCCGCGGAAGACGUCAAGGUCGACGUCAUCCUCGAAGACCCGUCGAAUGGCCAGCUGUUCGCGGCCGCGCCCUACACGGAGCCCGGCGUCGUCGAGCCCGCCCUCGACAGCUCGCGUUUCUUUGCCGUGCGCGUGCAGGACGGCCAGGGCCGCCGCGCCGUGCUGGGCAUUGGCUUUGAAGAGCGGCCAGACGCCUUUGAUUUCGGCGUCGCCCUGCAGGAAGCUCGCAAGACCGUCCGCGGCUUCGCCGAGCCGGCGGGGGCCACGGCGGCCCGGCCGUCGGCCACGGCAUCGGCACAAGGGGCGGCCGCCGGGGCUGCGUCUGCCGCGGCCGCGGACAAGAAAGACUACAGCCUCAAGGACGGCGAGACAAUCACCAUCAACCUCGGCGGGUCGAGCAAGUUUGGCCGCCGGAGCGAGACGACAUCGUCGGCCUUGUCAUCAUCAUCAGCAAGCGGCGGCCUCGGCGGCUUCUCCCUGCCGCCACCGCCCUCGUCUUCCUCGUCAUCCUCGUCGCCCUUUUCGCUGCCCCCGCCGCCGCCGCCAAACCGCCGGACGGCCAACCGUCGGUCGGUCGGCGAUCCGAGCGUGCUGGGUCUGGCGUCUCGGCCGCAGCCGGACGAGCAAAAGAAGUCGGCGGCCGAGCUGGGCUUUGACGACGGACAGUUUGGCGAGUUUGCUUAG